AUGUCUCAGUCACUGGUUCGAGCAAUCUCAGCUCGGAAGAAUCAAUUGGGUCUUGGGUUCUACUAUAGAUGCUCUGAUUCUCGCCGAUUUCAUUCCCAAGAGAAGAUCAUUGCUUCCAAUGGCUGCAAUCGUUCAUUUCUAGGUUUCACUUCAUUUCCUAGACAUGGAAGUCAUCUUGAUAGUUUUAGGUUUUCUGGUAAUUUGAUCCAACCCACAAAUGGAUUUUGCUCGGUUUCUUUGAAUGGAGUAUUGGACUCGAAUCAAUGCUCAGAGGAAAUAGUUAUUGAUAAUGGUGAUGUUUCUAUUGAGAGCUUAAAUGUUGAGAAGCAGCCAGUGGUUGUUUACAAGAAACCAAUUGACUUCACCAAAAUCGAUGCAAAGCUACUACCCACUGUGAUGAUUAUUGGCCGACCAAACGUUGGAAAGUCUGCCUUGUAUAACCGAUUGAUUCGGAGGAGGGAGGCACUUGUUUACAACACUCCAGAUGAUCAUGUAACGAGGGAUAUUAGAGAAGGGAUUGCUAAAUUAGGUGAUUUGAGGUUUAAUGUGUUGGACUCUGCUGGUAUAGAGACCGAAGUUUCUUCGGGUACUAUUCUUGGUAGAACCACAGCUAUGACGGCUAAUGUGCUUGCUAGGACUCAGUUUGCAGUUCUUAUUAUCGACGUGAGGGCGGGGUUGCAUCCAUUAGAUUUGGAGGUUGGGAAAUGGCUGAGAAAGCAUGCUCCACAGAUUAAACCCAUUGUAGUAAUGAAUAAAUCGGAAUCACUCGGUGAAUCUCUUGCUGAAGUUGCUUCAGAAGCUCUUGCGCUCGGAUUUGGUGAACCUACUGCUAUAUCAGCUGAGACCGGACUUGGUAUGACUUCACUUUACGAAGUUCUUCGUCCUCUACUAGAGGAUUACAUGGUCGAAACAUUAAACGAUAGAUGCAGUCAAGAUGAUGAUCCAAGUGAUGAGAAUGUCUCUGAUGAUAUUGACGAGUCCAAGAUGCCGUUGCAGUUAGCGAUUGUAGGUAGGCCUAAUGUUGGGAAAUCAACAUUGCUCAAUGCAUUGUUGGAAGAAGAGCGUGUGUUGGUGGGUCCAGAAGCUGGUCUUACUAGAGAUGCUGUGAGAGUUCAGUUCGAGUUUCAGGGUAGGACUGUUUAUCUGGUUGAUACUGCUGGUUGGUUGGAGAGAACAGAACGGGACAAAGGACCAGCGUCUUUAAGUAUCAUGCAAUCAAGAAAGAGUCUGAUGCGGGCACAUAUUAUCGCUUUAGUUCUUGAUGCUGAAGAGAUCAUAAAAGCUAAAUGCAGUAUGACACAUUCAGAAGUAGUUAUAGCUAGACGCGCUGUAGAAGAAGGACGUGGUCUGGUCGUUAUCGUUAACAAAAUGGAUUGUCUAAGAGGGAAACAAAACUCUGAGAUGUACAUGAAAAUCAAAGAAGCUGUUCCCAUUGAAGUUCAGACAGUUAUUCCUCAGAUUACGGGCAUACCGGUUGUGUUUAUCUCUGCAUUAGAGGGGAGAGGACGUUUAGAAGUAAUGAACCAAGUCAUUGACACAUACAAGAGAUGGUGUUCAAGACUUUCCACAGGACGUCUCAAUCGCUGGUUGCGUAAGGUUAUGAGCCGACAUUCUUGGAAAGACUCGGCUUCACAGCCAAAGAUCAAGUUUUUUACACAAGUGAAAGCUAGACCACCAACUUUUGUGGCGUUUAUGAGCGGGAAAAACCAGUUACUGGAAAGCGACAUAAGGUUCUUGACUAGAUCAUUGAAAGAAGACUUUGAUUUAGGCGGGACUCCCAUUCGAAUCAUACAGCGGGCUGUUCCUCGGACAUCCUCUGGUACAAGCGGCGUAACAGGAAGAAGCCCUGGUGGUCGAGUGGUGCCAAGAACCACUUCAGACAAACGAACCGUCUCGGUCUAA